AUGUCGAUCACCGACACAGCUUUCACUUACGUGGUGAACCACAUUUUCCUUCCCCCUAAGCUCCCUGGAGGAGAUGAUUGGGAAGCCACUCUUAGUAUGGCACUACAGUCGACUAUGGCAGCGUGCAUAGAGGAGUUUGAGAACUACGUUGCACUUGGCAGUCGUGUGUUGGUGCAGUCUGCGGCCUCGAUGAUUCGACGCAUGGCCCAAGCCCAGGAUAAGAAUGGUUAUGUACACUGUGAUAAGCUCGAGCAGGCCCUCGGCGAGAUCGGCAAUAAGGAUUCUGGAGAAGCCAUUUGUAUCCACGUCGUUUCCCAAAACGCCGGUGUUCUUAUCAGCAGACACAACAAAUCGGUCUACAUCAAGUCCUUUGAGCUGUCUCCGCUUAAUUCGGCUGUCAGGGCAUCUCCUGGUAAACUUCGCCGCUACUUUCCUGGACCUGCCAUGGGUCUUCUUCACCAAGACCUGGCCAGCGACAUCGUCGAAACCAUGCGGUCGAAGGUCGCUCGACGUAAACACAAACUACUAUCGGCUUUCCAGGGUCAAGUGGAUGAAAAAGUAAUUUCAUUCGCAGACAAGGUGAUGACUGACGCCGCUCGAGAGUUAGUUGACCGCCAGUGUCAUCUUAUUGCAAACGAAAGCCCCGACAACAAACUGCGUCGCCUUGAGUCGAUCAAUUGUGUUAGUGACACGGUUCACAGACUGAAGAAACUUGACGACUUUAUCAACUCCAUAUCAAACCGGACUUUGAACCAGCGAAGAGCGUCUUUCUGUCCGCCAACU